AUUCCGAGAAGCCUCCUGCCCGUCGGCCACACGCCGAGUCGAGCUCAGUCCCGAUUGCCUACGAAGCAGGGGCGUGCCACGAGGCGGCCGAGGCCCCGGCCUCAAGGAGGGCGCGCCUCGAGCGCGCGGCCCCGCUGCCACGGAUGCGGGCAGUACUUAUAUCCAUAUCCAGAGCGUCGUGGACUUUGUGGGAAGAGGCGCCGCAACGCCGAGGCGCACUGGAUACGGAUAAAAUCAAGCCUCUUGGGGCCAGAUGUUUAUCCAUAUCCAGUGCGUCUACGGUUUCUGGGGAAGAGAGCCCAAGAAUCCAAGACGCAGUGGAUGUGGAUACAACUAUUGCCCGCAACGGAGCCCCACGCGGAGCUCCGAGCCGCACGCCUGGCGCGACACGCUCGCCAGGACGCGGGCCGGCGCGCGCCGAGCCGGCACGCGGCGCACUACAAACUGACGCUCGGAACACGAUGCGCCUGGUGCUCCGAAGCGGGAGUGUCAGGGCAGCCAGGCACCAAACGCGGCGGCGGCAAGGCAAUCAUCUUCAAAAUGCCUGUGGAGGAGGAGGGGGAGGGGGAGGAGGACAAGGUGAGGAGGAGGAGGAGGAGGAGGAGGAGGAGGAGGAGGAGGAGGAGGGACCGGAGCAAGCGCGGAGCUGCGGCCAGUCACCUGUGCAGCGGGAUGGCUCCUCGAUGCGCGACCCACGGGGAGAGGCCAGCAAUGCAUCAGACACGGAAGCCGCGAAACAGUGAACCGGCAAGCGCUACCGCAAAGGAGGGGCGGCAAGAGACGCUCCUUACAGCGGGCCUGCCCCUGUUAAAGAGGCUGACGGCAUUCUUCUGCGAAGGAUGCCCCCUGACGUGCGCGCUGCCAAGCCCCUACACGACCUUAUGUAGUACGGAUCUGCAUGAGGAGGCAGGAUGAGGCAGGAG